CCUUAAAUGGCUGUUCCUUCAAUUCCGAGUUUUUAUCAUAGUCUAUCGCUUCGUUAUUGAAUUAAUGACUGAAAAUCGGAGAAUGGUAACUCGAAAUAUAUCUUGAAGUUAGAAUUUGAUUUUCGAAGGGUCGUCAACAAAUGAGAGUCAACAUCUAAAAAAACAGGCGACUAAUUUCCUCUUCUACAAUAGAAACCAACCUCGAAAGUAUUUUCCUGUUGAUUAGACAUUUUUGUGGAAAUGAGAUGAAAAUUCUGGAGUAAUGUGAUAAGCUCUGAGUGAAUACAAGAAAUUAUAACAUGGGAAACGGAGGCUCGGUGCCAGGAAAAAAUUAUCCGUAUCAUGACUGUCGAAAGGAGCGUCAGGGGAAGUUCUGCAAAAGCACAGAUGCUGACAAAUCGUCAUCAAAGACAUCAGGACAUCACGUGCACCGUUAUGACGUCGUUAAGAAUGGAAAAAUAGCGAAUACAACGAAUCCAUUCAUCAUAUUUUUCCUGAGACUGAGGAGUAAAAAUCCGAAGGAGCCAGUGACGUUGAUUGCACGUGUUGCUGGGAAAAAGUGGACGAAGAUGUCAUCCGAUCAGAAGCAAAAAUACAUCAACCUGGCCAAUGCUGAGAAGAAAAGGAGAGAGGAUAAAAAACGAAGACGCAGAGUAAAAAUUACUUAAUACAAUGUUUUGUACGUUCAAUUAUUCACGAUCAAUGAAUCAAUAAAUAGCAGUUUAUCUCGCA